AUGUCGCAGCUUGACAUGAGCACCCAGUGUAUGCAAGUUACAGAGAUCCUCAUGCACAUAUGCGAGGAACUCCGUCAGACUGAAUCUUGGGUCACUUUAGCCGCGCUUGCCUCGACCAGCUCUGCGACUUCCCAGCCUGCCCUAGAUUCCCUCUGGAAAGAGCAGGAUGCCGUAGCACCUCUGGUCCUUACCUUCCCUCAGUGCGAAGUUGUCCAGCAGAACCAUGAAUUGCGAUCGUUGAAACUCAAAGGGUUCAUCUCGCAAGCAAGUUGGGAUCGCUCUCAAACUUACGCUAGACGCGUCCGAGUUCUACGCUUGGGACCCGCUUCCCACUGGUCUCUGGGAGAUGAUGGUCUGGGUGUUACGGCCGAGACCCUGAAGGUACUCAUGCUUCGUGCUGGUGGCUCGCCGGUGUACCCCAACCUUCAGGAACUCGAUCUGCAUGACAUGGAUGCGAACCUCCAGUCAUUCAUCCCUAUGUUCGUGGGCCCGGCCCUCACAAAAUUGAGACUACGACCAGGCGCCUAUCUCGAAUAUCUGUUCAUGCUGGGAAGCUUACCCUCGAGGUGCCCUCAACUCACCACCUUUGAGGCAGCAUGGGAUGUUUUUUACGCCGACGCUUCAGAGUGGCAGGCCAACUAUCCCGGCUUAGAAUACUCUCACCAAACGCGGCAGGUUGAUGAGCAAAAUCAGGACGUGCAGAACGCCAUACGUGACCUCUAUCGGGGCUGGCCGUCACUGGUCUCGGCCAGUAUCCCUGAUGCGGAUCCAGAAUUACUGCGCUACCUCGGACAGCACUCCAACCUUCGUCACUUGUCGAUGGGUGUGAUGUACUCUCAUGACUGGAAGCCUGCGACGCACCCAUCCUUCACCCGACUCCAGUCCAUCGCAAUCUUGCACGCGUCUCAUUCAGAAGUAUCGCGGAUUCUGAUGUCCUUGUCUGCUCCCCCUCUGGCAGUGAAGUCGGUCUUCCUCUCCUGCCCCCCCUCCGCGGACGACGGUCACAGGCAGCGUAACCUCGACACCAUUGCUCAGAUAUGUGAUGCAUCAACUUUGCAGAGCGUGUCAUACUUCGAAAGAUCAAUUGGCCCGAGCUUCCUACCAGUACCAGAGUCCGUUCCACCUGCUUGUCUUCUGCAAUAUCGUCGGUUCGCCAACAUGACGGAGUUCGCAAUCGGCGACUGUUUGAUCGAUGUGACAGACAACGACAUGGCAGCACUGGCCAUUGCUUGGCCUCGUCUGCUUGCCCUUCGCUUGCAUGUCUGGCCUUCGACCUCUCAGUCAGUCGCGGAAAGCAAGCUGACGCUGUCAGUUCUGCUGCCGUUCGCGCGGCAUUGCCCGUCGCUCACCGCCCUCGAGCUCUUGCUGAAUGCGACGAAUAUACAAGCACCUCCCUUGUCGCCAAGCAAUGCGGGGCCCACCAAUCAUACGUCGCUACAGCUGAACAUCAUCUCUUCGCCUGUAGAAGACGUCGACGCCGCCGCGAACUUCAUCUGUGCCGUCUCCCAUGACAGGGUCACCAUUACCGUCGACGAUGGGAUAGAAUAUCUGAGUCGCUCGCCGACUCUACAAAAGUGGGCAGAAAUACGGGGAAAAGUGCUAGGGAUAUGCGAGGCAAGGGCGCUUAUAGGACAGUAG